AUGGACUUUCCUGGAGUGGCGUUAGUGACCGGAGGAGCUUCUGGCAUCGGAAAAGCAACCGCCAUCCGCUACGCCAUCGAAGGCUGCAAACGCAUCGUAAUUGCCGACGUUAAUGCCGAACUCCUCCAGACUACCCAGAAAGAGAUUCAAGAAAAGUACCCAGAUGCCAAAGUCAAGGCCAUCACUCUUGACGUCCGUAGCCUGGAAUCCGUCCAAAAUAUGGUCGACGAGGCCGUAGCAGAGUUUGGGAGAAUCGACUAUCUUGCUAACGUGGCUGGAAUUGUCAAAUAUGGAAAUACUACGAUACUAAGCGAGGAAGACUGGGACUUGGUGCUUCAAGUGAAUCUGAGAGGAGUAUUUUUCUGCUCGAAGGCAGUCAUUAAGCAGAUGUUGAAGCAGGAGCCUUUAAUCAGCAAGAAUUCCCCAUAUCCGGCACGAGGUGCCAUAGUAAACGUAGCGUCACAAGCUGGCCUGAAAGGCAAUGGAGACCUCCCGUGCUAUUCAGCAAGCAAGCAUGGGGUCGUGGGGCUUUCCAAAUCCGAUGGCCUGAAGUUUGCUACCGAUGGUAUUCGAGUGAACGCGUUAUGUCCAGGGACUAUUGAGACUCCAAUAUUGGGCAAAUUGCCUCAAGGUGAUAUUGCGAAAGAGAGACAAGAAGCCAGGAUGAGAGAGAUUGCUAUGAAACGAGUUGGGCAGUCAGAUGAGAUUGCGCAUUGCAUCAUGUUCUUAACGAGUGGGAGAUCGAGCUUCGUCACUGCGACAUAUUUGGCUGCUGAUGGAGGCUAUAGAUAG